AAAAUGUAGUAGCAUUGGCAUGCGAAAAAUAUCACCAAUUUGGAGCCCUUUCCGUUUUAUGCAAAAGUAGACUUAUCAAUCCCCUCCUUCUUAUCAACCAGAAAUUCUUUUUCUUUCUGAACGAGAGAGAGAGAGAGAGAGGGAGAGAGAGAGAGAGGGAGAGAGAGAGAGAGUGCGUGUGUUUAUUCGGGAGGAGUAAGUUUGAAGAGAGAAAUCAAGAAACAAGGGAGAGAGAUUAUGGCGAGAGGGAAGAUCCAGAUCAAGAGGAUUGAGAACUCUACAAAUCGGCAGGUCACUUACUCCAAGAGACGAAAUGGUCUCUUCAAGAAGGCUAAUGAACUCACCGUUCUCUGCGAUGCCAGGGUUUCCAUUAUCAUGUUCUCUACCAGUGGCAAACUCCAUGAAUACAUUAGUCCAUCCACUACAACGAAGCAGGUGUUCGAUCAGUACCAAAAGACACUUGGCGUCGACAUCUGGAGCUCACAAUACGAGAAAAUGCAGGAGACCUUGAAGAAACUGAAAGAGGCGAACAUGAAUCUGCGGAGAGAGAUAAGGAAAAGGAUGGGUGAAUGCUUGAAUGAUAUGAGUUUUGAGGAUUUGCGAGGGCUUGAGCAAGAUAUGGAUACUGCUUUGAAUGUCAUUCGCGAGCGCAAGAAUCGAGUGAUUGCCAAUCAGAUCGUAACUUCCACGAAAAAGCUAAGGAAUGUAGAAGAAGUACAUCGAAAUCUUCUGCAUGAAUAUGAAGCAAGAGCAAGAGAUGAAGAUCCACACUAUGGCUUAGUCGAUAAUGAAGGAGACUAUGGCUGUGUAAUUGGAUACCAAAAUGGAGGUCAAGCUCCUCGCGACAUGUUCGCUUUACGGCUGCAACCCAACCACCCUAAUCUUCACAGCGGCGCUGGAUCAGAUCUCACAACCUAUUCCUUGCUUGAUUAAUUAGCAUUUGAGAUCAGUCUUCUAUAUUCUAAGUCACAUGUACUGCAAACAACUGCUUUGUUUUACGUAUUAUUGAAAAAUACUUGUUUAGACUCAGUGUAUGCACAAUAGCUAGUAUGAAAAUAUUAUAUUUAUCUCU